UAAAUUAGCACGAACUCCCGUACUGUUUUAAAAUUGCAUGUUGUAACUCAAUUUAUAACCCUCUAUAUAUCAAGAAUAUUGAUCAAGCAAAAGUUGAGAGAAUAAAAUUUACAUUCAUCACGAAAGGUAACGUGUUUCAUAUAUUAUGUGGCGGCAUUUCGUACGAAUCGGUCCUUUUAAGCGCUAUCAACCGCCUAUAGUAAAGUAAGCUUCAAGUUUAUAGCUGUCAAAAAACGCUUCACUUAUGUCAAACUCAACGCCAGAGUAGAGAAAAGAAAGAAAUUCCAUCAAGCCAUGAAAAAAAGCAGCUGGACACGCUUCCUGUUGUAUUUAACGUAACUUCUUUGUGUUAAAUUCAAUUUAGGGUAAUUAAAUUGUGCAUUUAGUUAACGUUUAUUUGCAACAAAGCAACAUCGCCAUACUUCUUAGGCAAUUCAAGCACGCGUUGCUGGGAAGCUCAAGGUGCUCAAGACGACUGGCCAUUUACAAGGAAAAUGAGUGAAGAAGCACCACCAUCCAAGAAGCGAAGACUUGAGGAUUUCACUGAAGACCUGGACACCGAUAGACAGAUAGAUGAUGACAAGUUUGACAACUUUGUCCGGCCCGAGGAGUUGGAGAAGCUGCGGGAGUUCAAGGUCCUUGAUGAGGUCAAGUCGAAUGAUGAGGAUAGCGAAGAGGAGACGGAUGAAGAGGAUGAUGAUGGCAAGUCCGAGGGCGUCCCCGAAGAUGAAAUAGAAAAAAUGCUGGAGGAAGACCUCCCGGAGGACUUUAAGGCGGCCCCCAAGCCUAAGGAGAAACCGUACAUAACUAGACAGAAGACUGUUUUAGAAGAAAAGGGAGUAAACCAAUUCGAAGUGCUUCCACUGGAUUGGAUGAUGGUACGACACUAUAGUGGGAUGCCCGUUUACAUGCAUCGCGGGACUCGCGUCUGCACGCUGGCGAAACCAUACUCGCUCGGCAAGGGAAACACCAGGCGGCACGACAUCCCAAUUAGUGCUAUACCGUGCCUCGCGUACCGGCGCGCUCUAGAAGAGGAGGAAAAACAAAAAGAGAUAGACGAAAAGAUCAAAGAACAGAUCGAGAGCGGCGCCUGGGCUAGAACGGGACAGAACGUUCAUAAUAAGAAUGUAACUAACAAUAGCAAUAAUCCUAGGCAGGAAUAUAACAUUAUUAGUGGAAAUGAUGAUAGUAGUAAAGAAACUUAUAGCCACGAUAGUGAAUUAGUUGAUAAUCUUAAACCUAGCGAAAACUUAGAAAAUACACAAUCAAACGAAAUACGCGAAGACAUAUUAAAUGCUACAGAACAAUUAUCAAAGGAAAUACAAGAAAUGAAACAAGAAAUUUUAAUCAAGGAAGAAAUAAGUAUGGAGCUUGAAGAUAUAACUAAUGAAAUAAAAAUGGAGUGUCCUUUUAAACGCAAUAAGGAAAUUGAAACAAAUGAAAACGACGAUAAAAAUGUGAAAGAAAUCAAAAUACCUGACGAAGAAAAUAAAAUAACUAAUGAAUUAAAUAAAAUACCUGACGAAGAAAACAAAAUAACUAAUGAAGUAAAUAAAAUACCUGAUGAAGAAAAUAAAAUAACUAAUGAAGUAAAUAAAAUACCUGACGAAGAUAACAAAAUAACUAAUGAAGUAAAUAAAAUACCUGAUGAAGAAAAUAAAAUACCUAAUGAAGUAAAUAAAAUACCUGAUGAUGACAAGGAUGAGACCGAAAGAGAUGAAACGCCGCUUAAUCAACAGCCUGUGGUGUUGCCUGGGGGAAUAGUGAUGCCUCCGCCGAGGGUGGAAACGGUAAAUACUAGUUGGAAGACGCAACAGCUGACACAUGAGCAGGUUAAUGAUUAUUGCAAGAAGCUGUUCAAGUUUAAAACUGUUAAUAUUAUGCAUUUUAGGCGGUGGGCAGACAGACGCAAGUACGCCAAGGCCCGAAAGACGCUUCAAUACCCUACGUUACCAGAAGGCACUAAACUUAUCACCAUACCCGCUCAACCUGCCAACGGACAGGACAAUGGCGGUAAGGCGAGCAAGCGCGACUGGGUGAUGAACAUGAACGGGCGCAGUUACCUCUCCGUGUUCCAUGAGUACGUGCGUCGCGCUCUGCAGAAGCAGCCCGUCUACGAGUUCAAACAGCUAGAAAACGCUUCAUCCCCGUACCAAGCCACAGUAUACAUAGGUGGCAUGCAGUACGGGUCCGGUCGUGGUUCGAGCAAGCGACAGGCAAAGUCCGCCGCCGCGAGGGCUUCCAUACAUAUUCUGAUACCGGAGAUGAGGGCUGAACUAGACGCGCCCCAAGCUGAUCCAGAUUUCACUUUCUUCGACUACGUGGGCAUCGAAGACCCGCGGAUCUCGGAGUUCUGCGCGGCGACUUGCGAGCCGUCGCCGCACGCCAUACUGCGGACGUGUCUCCUGCGCAACUUCGGCGCGCAGGACCGCCAUAUACACACCGAGAUGAAAAAAUUGGAAUACCAGAAGAUCGAGCUGACCAUGCGCGUGGGCCGCCACUCCGCCACCGUCGUCUGCAAGAACAAGAAGGCGGCCAAGCAGCGCGCCAGCCAGGCCAUACUGCAGGCGCUGCACCCGCACGUCCGCUCGUGGGGCUCGCUGCUGCGCCUGUACGGCUCGCGCUCCGUCAAGAGCUGCAAGGAGAAGAAGAUCGAGGAGCAGCAGAUCACCCUGCUGCAAGACAAGGCUCGUCACAACGAACCAAACUACGCCGUACUAGAAAAGCUUCGCAACGAAAUGAGGAAACUGAAGGAAAGGGACGAGGCCGUGGUCCCGAUCGGCACUUUACUCGUCAAGGACGACCUACCCACGCAUUCCGGCUCCAACCUCAACAACGUGGACCUCUAAGAAGAAACUAGACCUGAGAAGCACACAACCUAGACUUGAGGGGUACCUUGGAUGAGGAGGUAUUCUCGCAUCGGUUUCCUCAUCACCGAGGGUCGUAGCCACUUCUAGGGAACAGCUUCUGUUUGACAAAACGAACGAAUGCGAACGGCUAAGGAGUGGAAUUCACUUCCUGCAAAUCUAUUCCCAGUCCACUAUAACUUGGACCUUUUUAAAUCGAGAGUGAAUAGACAUCUUUUAGGUAAGCAUGUUCCAUCCUUACCUCAUAAAAAAGCGCUGGUGGCCUAGCGGUAAGAGCGUGCGACUUGCAAUCCGGAGGUCGCGGGUUCAAACCCCGGCUCGUACCAAUGAGUUUUUCGGAACUUACGUACGAAAUAUCAUUUGAUAUUUACCAGUAGCUUUUCGGUGAAGGAAAACAUCGUGAGGAAACCGGACUAAUCGCAACAAGGCCUAGUUUACCCCUCUGGGUUGGAAGGUCAGAUGGCAGUCGCUUUCGUAAAAACUAGUGCCUACGCCAGAUCUUGGGAUUAGUUGUCAAGCGGACCCCAGGCUCCCAGGAGCCGUGGCAAAAUGCCGGGACAACGCGAGGAAGAAGAAGAUGUUCCAUCCUAGACUGCAUCGGCACUUUCCAUCAGGUGAGAUUCUGGUCAAAUGCUUAUCCUUUCGUAAUAAAAAAAAAAUCUGCCAUCUUCGUGUAGGACACCGUGGAACGUAUCCUGAACGAAUUUGGUCUGUCCAUCGUAUUGGAUUCCUGCAUCUCGGCCGACUGCAUUCGAUUGUAUCAAUGAUAACCAACAUGUCCAUCAUUGGCAGCAUGGUUCCAUUUUAAUCGCUUGUCACUAUGCCUGUCACUUUCGCACUUACUUGUUAGAACGUGACAGACAGGCAUGGAGUAUGUAUGUAUGAGAACGCAACUCGUGCGAGCAGUUCAAAUAGUAGAUUGGUAGAUAUGUUUGGUUGUGAUGUUCAUCUAGGAUCGAUACUUUAGUACAAUGGCCUAUGUUGACUGCUCAUAGGUGGACCUUAUUACGAAAUGCAUAAGGUCCACCGAUGGACAGAUGUGUUGCUGUUUGUUUGCCUUGACUUUAGGUACUCAUAAUAUUAAAUCUAUUAUAUUAAAUAUAAACUCGUAUUUCACGAUUGAUAUGUUCAUGAUAUUUUAAUAAUAUAUAUGUUCAAGCACGAAAUUAUAUUCGUGGUAUCGGAAAAAUAUUGGCUGAAGUGGACCUUAACACCUAGCUGCUUUAUACGAAUAUAAAACCUUAGGAAUUCAAAUUUUAGCACUUAUUAUUACGUAUUCAAUCAACAUGUAUAUGCCUUUUAAAACUUUAUUUUAUUUAAUCUAGUGUCCAAUAAAAUAUAUACAUUAGAAAUAAAUUAACAAACGUUAAUAAUGUAAGGGCAAUUGAAACCAGUAAAUUAGAAUUAGAUAACAAGAAAUCAGGUUUUCCCGAGGGUCUACAGUGUGGGGUUCUUCAAAAAGCAGUGUACAGGUUUUUAAAAGGUCGGCAACGCGCAUGUAACACCUCUGGAGUUGCAGGCGUCCAUAGGCUGCGGUGACUGCUUACCAUCAGGCCGUAUACUUGUUUGCCACCGUCGUGGUAUAAAAAAAAAUCAUUAGUAACUAGGAAUAUUAUAACUAAUAUACCAGCAAGUAUUAUAAUGUGUAUUAAUAAUCUCGUGACAAAAUAGUUGUUAUUUAGUAAUAGUUACGCUUUAAACCAAUACGCCCUAACUACGCACUAAGCUACGUUUUAAAAAAUCGCGCUCUUAAAUCUCUUAUGUAAAAAUACCAUCGGUUUGGUGAAUAUAUAUAUUUUCGAAAUGUUUCUUAAGGAUUAUUUUUUAUUUAUUUAUAUGGAAUAGUAACUAGGCAUUAGAAUAUAUUUGAAAAAAAAAAUAACGUGCUAAGUUCAUCAGAGAUGUGAUAAUUGUCCUGUACUAGAGUAUAAAUACAUGUAAGAAAUAAAUCUGCUUAAAUUUACCUAUUUGAGAUACAAAAAAAAAACACCAAUAUAUGUUCUGAAUUCCGUUUCAACUGUAGAUAAUUGAGUACGAAAAACGUUGAUAUCGCUGGAGGCCUGGG